AUGUACUUUAUCCCAUUCGUUUAUCAAGUCUCUUUGUUCUCCGCAUUAAAUGCAAUAGGAUCUGUUCAAGCCUGGUAUUUAACACAACGUCGUAUGAUGUUAUUUACUGGUGCCUUUAACACUACUGUAGGUGCUGUUGCCGCUUAUAGUUAUAAGUUUGAUGCCACUCUCUCUAAUGCAUACGCUUCCAUAGCUGCGAUUUGUGCCUCUGCACAGUUUGUACUUCACGGUCUCCGUACAAAGGCACUUUUGCAGCCAACGGCGUUAGUGGGUUUAUAUUAUGCUUGGUGUUUUUCUCUCCUCAUGUUUGGUGUGAGCCGCGGCAGAUGGGCUUAUGCCCUUCGAGAUGACUAA